ACUAUAUUUCUGAGCAAGCAGCCAGCUGAUCACGAGUGUAGCUGUUCACGCCAGCCUCUCACACUGCUGUGAAACCCUCUUGAGCUGCGCUGCUGCAUGACUGAACGCUAUCAGUCCCGAGCAGGCAGCCGCCAAACCCACACACACACACACACUCACACACAGACACUCACAUGCACACACAUGCACACACAAAUGGAUAUGACUCGUCCGCUGAGGUGGUUUGGUGUGGUGGACUUGGAGUGACAGUUGGGAAUAACUGGUUUCUUCGUCCUGUCAGGAUGUCAGUGAAGCUGCGAUUUGACUCUCCUUCAGAUGGAGGCCUGAUCCACAGAAGCCGCUCCUUCACUGGAUUCUCUUCUCUGACUGGUCGACAGAGGACGUCUUCUGUUCGUAACUCUCUUCGCGUCAAAGCCAUGACGGGAAAUAAAGCCAGCAGGGCGCCCGUCUCCCCCCGCAGAAGUUCAGGCGCUAUCUGGUCUCUGCAGCCGGAGCAGGUCGACAGGGUUUUUCAGGCACUACGCAAAGGACUCAAGGACUACCUGGAGGGUCACCAAGCUGAGAUGGACUUCCUGUCUUCACAGCAGAGAGAGACUAAAAGAAACUCGAGACUGGCCUUUCUUUAUGAUCUGGAGAAGGAGAUCAGAUCUUUGGAGAGAUAUAUUCGACGAUUAGAAUUUCAAAUCAGUAAGGUAGAGGAGCUGUAUGAGACGUAUUGUAUUCAGUGGAGAUUGUGUCAGGGAGCGGUCAACAUGAAGAGAGCCUUUUCACUGUCCCCGUCCACCAGAGCCUCCAGAGAGAGUCUGCUGGAGCUCAACCGCAACCACAGACACAGCCUGCAGGACAUGUCAACAAUGGAAGGAGAGUUAGAAAUCCUGCUAGGAGAGCUACACAUCAAAAUGAAGGGUCUCAUCGGCUUCGCUCGACUUUGUCCAGGAGACCAGUACGAGGUGUUGGUACGACUGGGCCGCCAGCGAUGGAAGAUCAGAGGGAGGAUUGAAUCAGAUGAUAGUCAGUCAUGGGAUGAGGAGGAGAUGGUCUUCCUCCCACACAUUCACCACAACUUUGAGAUAAAGGUGACGGAAGCAAAGGGUUUGAGCUGGCUGCUGGUUGGCAUGGUAACGUGUGCAAGCGCAGACUUCUUUGUGGCAAGGCCUCAGGUGAUGUUGGUGGACAUCACAGAGUUGGGAACCAUCAAACUGCAGCUGGAAGUGACCUGGAAUCCAUUUGACGGCACUGAGAAGCUGAGGCCGCUGUCUGGAAACAAGCAGUCAGUGUCCAGCAGAAAGAGCUCAGUGUACAGCUGGACGGCACCGAGCACCCCCUCCUUCACUGAGAAAUACUUUAUAUCUAUGGUGCGUGAGCUGCGGGAUCAGGAAGGUUCUCUUCCAUCUCUGGUGCCCAAAACUCAUCCCAACAGAGGAGGAAUGUCUCUGCUCAGCUACCUCUCCAACCCUUCAAACACCUCUAUCGCAUCAAGCCACGGUCCUCAGAGCCCAUACACCCCGAGUCUCUCAAGGGCUCACAGCUACCCUUUCAGCCCAAGUCGAGACACCAGUCUGGGAGGAAGUCGGACUCAGCUGUCGCUUGGAGAGGAAGAAUCCCUGGAGAUCUCAACAGAGGAGUCAGAGACAAAGAAGAGGGUGGACAAGAAGGUAGACGAGGAGAAGGAGGAAUGGGGAGUUGUGUUAGAGAGUCCAUCCUUACCAGAAGAAAGUAAAACAGACUCCCUUAUGACCUUACAGAGGUCGAGCACUCCAGACAUCCUGAGAAAGAACACAUGUGGAGAAGCAGAGCCUGAGACCCACAGCGUAGCCCCAAGUCAGGACACAGUCACUGGGCAGGACUCCACAGAUUGUGAGGAAUACUCUGUCACAGCCUUGCCAACACCACCUUCUCCAACCCCAGCUGCACCGCAAACCUCGCCUGCAGCAGCUGCUCCGACACCGUUGAAGCUGGGUGUGAGCGGGGUCCAACGUCAUGCCCAGGCGCUCAGACUGGGAGCCAUUAUUGCAGAGCUGGAGAAAAUAUUACAGGAUCAGAGCUGUGCUGACAAGGAGCUGAGAGCCCUGGAGCACCAGAUACUGCAUCUAGCCACCAUACUGAAGAACGACCUAUCACUGCUGAGACGCUCAUCUUCAGAGGAGACUCUGGCUGUUGAGGAGGUGCUGGGUAGCUUUGACUUUCUGUCAAACGACCUGAACGGAGAUGAUGACGCCUCCUGUUUGGGAAGCCUGAGACUGAAGGACAGUGGCAUCAGUUCUUUCCAGCAGAGCACACUGAGGAGUCAUGGAAUUCUCUCUCAAGGCAGCCAGUCGGCUUCUGAGGAAGAGCUAGUCAUCACUCCUCUGACCUCUGGAAACUGGGGUCUUGAUCAAGCUCUGGAGACUCACCUGGAUAUCUGUUGCAUCCUGCUGCAGAUGAUAAGAACGACCGACUUCACCCCUUCUAGAAGGGAGCUGCUGGAGGAAAUGUCUCUCCAGGCUGAGGUCCUGGACAGAAUCAGCUGUCUGCUGCUGGAGAGGAAUGACAACAUCUCUAUACGAGACAUCCUCCCUAAGGCCCAGAGAACGAGGGGUGUGCUGUCGUUCUGGGAGGAGUGCGUGCACGACAGCAGCUCUCCUUUCUGUUGCCACAUCGACAGCUUCACAAGGACGCUGAAGAAGCGUUACACACACAAGGUGAAGGCCAAGCAGCCCGGCCAAUCAGAGAAAGUGUUUUCUCAGCUCCUGCAGCAGGUUCAGGCGGCCUGCCGGGUGGUGCCCAGCUCUCGGUCACUCUGCAGCCCGGAGAGAGUCACCCUCUUCCAGCUGUCAGUCUACCUGAAACGCUGGAAUUUCCAGGAGCUUGGAGAUCACAUCUCCCGCCUCUCAAAAGAAGAGUACAUCCUCUCAGCCCUGAGUAGCCCCAAACGGCGGCGGGCUUUAAAUAAGCUGAGGGGCCGGAAGAUCACAGAGCUACUUCCACUGGGAUGCACCCUGCAGACUCUCGCCUCCCUGCAGAUUGACUCCAACCACAAAGUCUGCAAAGCUGCCACCAACUGCAUCUCCAGAGCUGCUGGAUACAAGGCCUUCAGGAACAAGGCGGUGCUUUACUACACAGAAAGCCUGAAAAGUAUUGAUAUUAAAAUCCAGCAGAGUUCCUGUUUGGCUCUCAAAUGCCUCCGGGCGACAGAGAGUGUGGACCACAUAGCAGAUUUAUGGAGAUCAACAGAUGAAGAUCUGCGUAGUGCUGCCAGAGAAACUGUCCUCUCCUUUGGUAAAAAGGGAUACCAGGCCUACCAGAGGAUGGACCAGCUAGACACUGAGAUGCAGGAUGAGGCUUACCAGAACCAAGAGACUGAGAUUACGAUUUUAUAGGAAACAGAUCUGGAUCAAAGAAUAGGCACAAAUGUUGUAAUGAUGCUGGCCAAGAGAGUAAAACCAAGCCUAUGUCAAAAUGGAGAAAGUUUACAAACCUGUCAGGACGUCGCACCUUCUGGGAAAACUUAAUUUUCUUUUAAGAAUCUGUUGUGCAUGUGCUACCAGAGAAACAACUGCAGAGGAAGAUCUUAUGAUGGAGACUUCACCUUUCCCUGGAUGGAUCAUUCACUCACUGAUGUUGAUUAAUGACUUCUUAUUUCUCCUGUAUUGUUUUACUCAGAAUUUGAAUUUAUUUUUGUUAGAUAUGUAGAGUUUUUCUUAAAGAAGACGUCAGCUGUAGUCUGACUUUUUUCUAGUGCUGGGAGUUAUUUCACCAACCAGUCGAUAUGACUGUCUUAUUGGGACAUGAAGGAUAAAUAUAAUAUUAUUUUACAUAAUCUUGCAAGCGUGUAUGUGUGUGUAUGUGUGUUUAGAGCAAUAAUCGGCUACAAUAAAACAAAAAAAAAAAAAUCACAUGAAUAUUAAACCCUGGCAGAUUAAUGAAAUCCAGAUUAACAGCCUCUCCUGCCUGUGAGAGCUGAGUCUUGAAUUAAUUUUAAACAAGAGGAGUCUACAAAUCAAGUUAUGUCGCACUACUCAUUUUUCGAAUCAUUUUUAAGGCUUAAUUGAGAAAAAAAUCAAAUAUAUCUGAAAAUAAAUGCAGUUUUCCAGGUUUUAUAUUCAGAAUAAUUCCUUUUUUAUAUAUUUUCACAUGCAAAGGUCCACAGGAUAGACUGAUAUGGUGGUCGUAUUGUUUUCAUUUUCACAGGAGAAGCAUGACUUUUCUAUCAAAAUCCCAACAAGGAAGGAUGUUUGUUUGGGGGGGCGGGGGUUCAUACUACAAAUACAAAUGUUUUAAAUGAUACCAAACUCUCUUUUAUCCAAUUCUUCUUUGACAAAAUGGAUGUUUAUACAAAAUUGUUCACGUUGGUGAAGGAAAAUAUUUGGCCUGCUGCCUUUGUGCCAUCACAGAAACGGAGACCGCUGCUGACCUCUGCUGGCUGUUCACAUAUACUGAGCUGGAGAGGGACCCGAGGAGAUGUUUGCCUGCCACAGAAUAGAUUUGGCUGUGGUUAGAGUGACCUAGGACCUCACUGACCAGACUGUUUGCGAGGCCGUGGGAAGAAAGAUGCUGCCGACAGCAAAGCAGUUUAAGUUGCGGCAUAAAAUGACAUUUUUCUUCAGCCUUAUUGCGUCCAUGAGAACUCUGCAUCAACUUUAAGGAAUUAUGUUUGAAGAAUCUGCUUCAUGGAUUGAACACAGUGUUUGUUUCUGUUGUUUUGUUGAUAAUAGGAUGCAGAAUCAUUUAGCUUCCUAAAACAAAGAAAAAUCCUACAAAAUCUCAAAAACUGUGUUCAGUAAGAAGCAGAGCUGCGCUUUAACCAUGUUUGAAUUCUGUGUGUUUUGUUUUAGCCCCCUCCCACACAACCAGAUGGUGCAUGAUUUGCACUUCAGGAGAGUUUACACAAUCAAGAGGAAAAGAUUUCAAAGUCAUCUUUGUACACAGAUAACAUACCCUCACCCCCUAUUUUGCAAAACUCUCACAGUCUGACUGAACACCAGUCAUUUGCUGGUCUUUGGUAGUUUUCCAGGUGCUGAAUCUUAGAAAUCAAAAUGUUUUCAAGGCUGCUUUUUAAAAGGUUGAGAAUGAGAAAAAUCAAUGUGCUGAGAAAGCUUUGGAAACAAACAGGAGGGCAAAGGAAGUAAGAUCAGAAGGAAUAAAUGUGCUUACACUAGGUGAAGAAACAAGGCAAUAUGCUGUCAUUUAUGACAUGUGCUAAAAUCAUCUCAAUUUAUCUGUUAGCAACCAUAAUUUUUCCCCCAGAUGCCUGAAAAGGUUAAUUUAGCCAUGGUCAUAUCAAACAAUCCCUGGAAUGGCAGAUUUGUAAAAAAAAAAAAAAAAAAUGUUUUAGUAAGUUGAAUAAACACAUACAAAAGUGUAAGAGCAGACAUAGUGCUGGUCAAAAUGUCACACAAGACAAAGUGAAAACUUUCUGCUCGGCAUAAAAAUUAAGACUUGCAAUUAUUUGUUCCUAAAAUUGGUAAUUCCAGCCAUGAAACUCAUCUCAUUUUUUCCAUCUGUGUGUCAGACUUUGGUAAUUUCUUUGAUAUGUGUACCCAGAGCUAACAGCAGGACAUGGAAACUGAAUUUCAGUUUAUUUUGAGUCAGAUUUAUUGCGCCUAAAGAAUGAACUGAGGAGACUUGCCGAUCUGGAGAUGGCAGCGGAGCAGGAAAAACGGAUUCAGUUCAAAAACUUGGUGUGGGCAUCUGAGAUCAAUAUUUAACCACAGCUGAGCAGGAAAACCUGAAGCACAGGGAGAGACGAGUUACCUCAAACUCAAAGCACAGGAAAACCACAAAACUGAAAGGUGGUCAAAGCAUCGUCACGACAUGAGUGACUAAACUAUAUCACAGCCAGUGGAGCAGCUGGGUUGGAUAAGGCUCAGGUGUGCAGGUUGGUUAAUCUGGUGGACUGUACCCACAGAGAGGAAGAAAAAGACAGAGACAGGCAAGAACAAACAGGAAACAGGAGCAAGCAUAAAAGAAGAGCAGUACUGCAUCUGUGUAUAAAGGGUUACUGAGAUGUAUUUAAGACUUUCUGGUGCAUACCAUAUUUACACAAGUGGAAACAAAGGAUGAGCAUCCUCCUGUGCUGACAAAUAUAUGAAAUAUUAAAAGAAUAAAUGACCCGCCCUCUUUUUCAAACACUAAAUGAAAAAUUAAAUAUAAAUAAUAUAAAUUAACCUCUACAAUAUAAAAGUAAAAAAGUGACAAUUUAAGUUCAUUUCUAGAAUUAGAAGAAAUACAG